GAAGGAGUGUUAGGCCUGGCGGGCCACCCAGACCGCGGGCGGCUGGGAAGCUUUGCGGGGCUGUGUAGGGAGUACAGCGGGUUUGAGGUGACCAGGGUUCGCGUCACACUUUUGGAAGUGUCUAAUACAGUGAGUCGGUCAGCAACACCCGCAAGCCAGGACCAUGGGCUGUUUUUUCUCCAAAAGGCGGAAGGCUGAGAAGGAAUCGCAGCUGGGGAACCAGGAGGAGCGGCCCAGACAGUACAGCUGGGACCACCGUGAGAAGGUUGACCUGAAAGACUACAUGUUCAGUGGGCUGAAGAAUGAAACAGUAGGUCGUUUACCUGGAAAGGUGGCAGGACAACAGUUUCUCAUUCAAGACUGUGAGAACUGUAAUAUCUAUGUUUUCGAUCACAGUGCUACAGUUACCAUUGAUGAUUGUAUUAACUGUGUCAUUUUUCUGGGGCCGGUGAAAACCAGUGUGUUUUUCCGGAAUUGCCGAGAUUGUAGGUGUCUGUUAGCCUGCCAACAAUUCCGUGUGAGAGAUUGUAGAAAGUUGGACAUCUUUCUGUGCUGUGCUACUCAACCUAUCAUCGAGUCUUCUACAAACAUCAAGUUUGGCUGUUUUCAGUGGUACUACCCUGAAUUAGCUUUCCAGUUUAAAGAUGCAGGGCUGAGUAUCUUCAAUAAUACGUGGAGUAACAUUCACGACUUUACCCCUGUGGCAGGAGAGCUCAACUGGAGCCUUCUUCCAGAAAAUGCCAUGGUCCAGGACUUUGUUCCUGUUCCUACAACAGAAGAGUUCAAAGCUGUUCGAGUUUCCACAGAAGCCAAUAGAAGCAUCGUUCCAAUAUCCCGGGGUCAGAGACAGAAGAACAGCGAUGAAUCAUGUUUGGUGGUGUUAUUUGCUGGUGAUUAUACUACUGCAAAUGCCAGGAAAUUAAUUGAUGAGAUAGUUGGUAAAGGCUUUUCCCUAGUUCAAACAAAGGAAGUUUCCAUGAAACCCGAGGAUGCUCAAAAGGUUUUUCAAGAGAAAGCGUCUGAUUUCCUUCCUCUUCUGAACAAAGGCCCUGUGAUUGCUUUGGAGUUUAAUGGAGAUGGUGCUGUGGAAGUAUGCCAACGUAUUAUAAAUGAGACAUUCAAUGGGACAAAGAUAUUUGUGUCAGAAAAGAAGGACACAGCAUGCGGAGAUGUAGACAGCUUCUACAACUUUGCAGAUAUUCAGAUGGGAGUGUGAAGCAGUGGGACCAAGGACUUGGUAUUCAGCAGUUUUCAACUUUUGUAUGCAGAAAUUUAAUUUAAUAACAUGCUUUUGUGCAUCAUUGGUUUUUUACUAAUGCUCAAGGGCAUUUAAAUUCAGUAGUUUUAACCAGCUCACAAACUAUUGAAUCCACUUCCAAUUAGCUUACACUUUCGUUGCUCUUCAUUGGGCACUUUUCUUAGAAAAUAGAAAUGACUUCUACUUCAAGAUUUUAAACCUAAUUAAAUGUUCUUUCAAAUCUAGCAAUUUAAUCUUUCCAGUUUUCCUCAGUGCUUCAUAUUUGUUUUUGAGAAUCCAUCUUAUUGCUCAUUUUUCAGUUAGAUUUAUUACUAGUUAAUGAAUUAGAAAGAAAACCUAUGCACUUUUUUUUGGGGAAUACAUCAUCAUCUCUUCCUGCUUGCAUUAUUAUAUGGCUAAUGAGAUUUUCGACAUGGGGUUGACAUAAUACUUUGCGCAUCUAAUUUUGGGGGCCCAUAUUUGUGAUUCAACCCAGGACCUCAUGCUUGCCAGGAAGACACUCUACCACUUCAGCCACACCUCAACCCAUUAAUUGAAUUAUCUUGGCAUUUCAAGAUGGGUGUGAUGGUGUCCACUUGUCAUUCCAGCCACUUUUGACUCAGAGGCAGGUGGGCACUUGAGCGCAGAAGUCCAAGGCCAGCCUGGGUAAUUACUGAGACCUCAUCUCAAAAGAAAGAAGAAAUAGGCAUAUGAUAAGGAGUUCUGCAAAUACCUCUAUCGAUGUAGCGAUGUAAAGACCACUUCAGAAGGCUUAUGGCUAGCUGAAUAAAUUUCACAUUGUUUAAGUUUCAUUUGGUGGUACUAGAAUUUGAACUCUGGGAUUAUUACUUGCCAGGUUGAUGCUCUUGCUGCUGAGCCAAGCCUUCAGCCCAGUGUUCUGCUGGCUAUUUUUGAGAUAUGAGAUCCUUUAUUUGAGAUAGGUGUCAUGUCCUGCCGGGAUGUGCAUUUGGGCAUGAUGUACCCAUGCUAGUGUUCCCAAUGUAGCUAGGAUAAUAGGUGUACACCACCACGUGUAACACUUGUUUUUUAAUUUAUUGUCAAAGUGAUGUACAGAGGGGUUACAGUUUCAUACAUAAGGCAGUGAGUACAUUUCUGUGUAACACUUCUUUAAGAGGAAAUCUUGCAAAUUUUUCUGCCCCAGCUGGCCUGUGAUCCUCCCAAUUUCAGCUUCUCAAUUAGCUAGGAUUAUAGAGGUGAAUCACCAGUGCCUGGCACUCUUUAGUUUUGGUUCGUUAAAAAAAAAAAAUACAACCAGAUGGCUCUUCUGCUUCCUGAAAAAGGAAGGUGCAUGCAACAUGAAAACGUCAGAAGCCCAGUCACCAAUAGUGUUUCCAAACAUGAUUAUUGUUUGAUCAGCUUUUGUGGCUAUCAAAAAAAUUAGAGCUACACAUUGGUCGCUCAUACCUAUAAUCCUAGGUACAGAGAAGGCUGUUACUGGAAGAUCAGAUCCAAGACAGCCAAGGUGGAAAAGUCCCUGAGACUCUUAUCUCUAAUAAUGAGCAAGAGGCCAGAAGUGGAGCUGUAGCUCAAGUGGUAGAGUGCCAGACUUGAGCAAAAAAGCUAAGGGAGAGCGCCCUGGCCCUGAGUUUAAGCUCCAGACCACCCGCCCCCCCCCCCCAUAACAAAGAGUUUAACAAAACCUUGUGACCUUUUGCUAAAAACUACCUAAAGUUAGUUAACCAUGAUGAUGAGCUAUGGCAGGUUAUUUUAAAAAAUCCUGAUAGAUCUGAUUUUCAUUAGAUUUGUCAUUCAUAUCAAAUACAGUUCAAGUAUAAUAUUUUGAUUUCUUCAAGGAUUUUUUUUCUCAAAUCUACACAAUGAUAGCAGUUUGCCAGAGUCAGGGGAGAGAGUGCUACUUGUUCAAAACUGUCCAUUCUUGGAUCUGCUCCCUGGGCUGCUCACACUCAGUCUGCAGGGGAAACUGUAUAAGAGGGGUUGAGGUGAUCCUACGUUAAUCAUUUGGAAGGUGUCACUAGGUGGAUCAUGUGAACAGGACCACACAUGGCAUUCUGAGAGCUAAUAGGGAAAACGGCUUUAAUUCUAUUUUGAUAAAUUAAUACUGAAAGUGGAUACUUGUAAAACUUCUUUUUGUGAUGGUUAUUUAAAAUGUAUUUUCAUAGUUAAAUUAUUCUGGGAUUAUUUAAAAUUGAACUUGUAACUGUUAAAUUGAAUUGUGGAUUCAUGGACAGAAAUCAUCCUUGGUAAGACCUGACUUUGAGCAGAUUCACUCAGCCUGGCUUUGGGCUCACUAUUAGCAUUGCACCAUCACUUUAGAAAAAGUAUUCUGCUUUAUAAAGUCAAUAUGAUUUCAUAAGGUACAAAUAAACAUUGCUGACAGGUUUUGUGUAAUUUUGAUUAUAUUGUAUAUACAAUCUUUGCACAUAGUGGCCAGAGUAAACUUUUCUCUUAGUUAAGCAAUAUGCCUUCCUUUCUUAAUUAUAUUAUUGAACACCACUGAUCCAAGCUAAAAUAAUCAGAGUAACUGGUAUGCAAACUAAAAUACAAUGUUAUGCAAAGCUAUAAAUUGAAUUCUAAUUUUUCUAUGGUAUUUUAGCAAAAA